AUGAGUGGCAAUCAAAACCCAGGCUGUACCAUCAUGACCUUCCGCCCAAACAUGGCAGAAUUCUCAAACUUCAGCAAAUACAUCACCUACAUGGAGUCCCAAGGCGCACACCGAGCUGGACUGGCCAAGGUCAUCCCACCCAAGGAGUGGAAAGGCAGUGGAAAGUCCUGUGAGGAUGUCAUGGAUAUGUCAAUUCCUGCUCCUCUGCAGCAAGUGGUCUCGGGGCAGGCAGGUGUGUUCACCCAAUUCCAUAAGAAGAGGAAAGGCAUGAGUGUGGGUGAGUAUCGUGAGCUGGCCAGCAGCAAAAAAUACCAGACCCCGCCACACCUGGAUUUUGAUGAUUUGGAGAGAAAAUACUGGAAGAAUCGUCUGUUUGGGUCACCAAUUUAUGGUGCUGAUGUCAGCGGCUCCCUGUUUGAUGAGAACACUCAACACUGGAACGUGGGCCACCUGGGGAGCCUUUUGGAUGUGUUGAAGCAGGAGCAUGGCAUAGUGAUUGAGGGCGUCAACACGCCCUACCUGUACUUUGGCAUGUGGAAGACCACCUUUGCGUGGCACACGGAGGACGUGGACCUGUACAGUAUCAACUACCUGCACUUUGGGCAGCCCAAGACUUGGUAUGCUGUGCCCCCUGAGCAUGGCAGGCGCCUGGAGCUCCUGGCCAGGCAACUCUUCCCUGGCAGCUCCAAGGGCUGCCAGGCCUUCCUGAGACACAAGGUGGCGCUCAUCUCCCCCACCGUGCUCAAGGAGAAUGGCAUCCCCUUUGGCCGCAUCACCCAGCAGGCUGGGGAGUUCAUGGUCACCUUUCCCUAUGGCUACCACUCGGGCUUCAACCAUGGCUUCAACUGCGCAGAGGCCAUCAAUUUUGCCACCCCGAGGUGGAUUGACUAUGGCAAGGUGGCACGUCAGUGCAGCUGUGGGGAGGCCAGGGUGAGCUUCUCCAUGGAUGCCUUUGAGGGGCUCCUGCAGCCUGAGAGCUAUGAGCUGUGAAACCCAGGCUGUACCAUCAUGACCUUCCGCCCAAACAUGGCAGAAUUCUCAAACUUCAGCAAAUACAUCACCUACAUGGAGUCCCAAGGCACACACCGAGCUGGACUGGCCAAGGUCAUCCCACCCAAGGAGUGGAAAGGCAGUGGAAAGUCCUGUGAGGAUGUCAUGGAUAUGUCAAUUCCUGCUCCUCUGCAGCAAGUGGUCUCGGGGCAGGCAGGUGUGUUCACCCAAUUCCAUAAGAAGAGGAAAGGCAUGAGUGUGGGUGAGUAUCGUGAGCUGGCCAGCAGCAAAAAAUACCAGACCCCGCCACACCUGGAUUUUGAUGAUUUGGAGAGAAAAUACUGGAAGAAUCGUCUGUUUGGGUCACCAAUUUAUGGUGCUGAUGUCAGCGGCUCCCUGUUUGAUGAGAACACUCAACACUGGAACGUGGGCCACCUGGGGAGCCUUUUGGAUGUGUUGAAGCAGGAGCAUGGCAUAGUGAUUGAGGGCGUCAACACGCCCUACCUGUACUUUGGCAUGUGGAAGACCACCUUUGCGUGGCACACGGAGGACGUGGACCUGUACAGUAUCAACUACCUGCACUUUGGGCAGCCCAAGACUUGGUAUGCUGUGCCCCCUGAGCAUGGCAGGCGCCUGGAGCUCCUGGCCAGGCAACUCUUCCCUGGCAGCUCCAAGGGCUGCCAGGCCUUCCUGAGACACAAGGUGGCGCUCAUCUCCCCCACCGUGCUCAAGGAGAAUGGCAUCCCCUUUGGCCGCAUCACCCAGCAGGCUGGGGAGUUCAUGGUCACCUUUCCCUAUGGCUACCACUCGGGUUUCAACCAUGGCUUCAACUGCGCAGAGGCCAUCAAUUUUGCCACCCCGAGGUGGAUUGACUAUGGCAAGGUGGCACGUCAGUGCAGCUGUGGUGAGGCCAGGGUGAGCUUCUCCAUGGAUGCCUUUGAGGGGCUCCUGCAGCCUGAGAGCUAUGAGCUGUGGAACCCAGGCUGUACCAUCAUGACCUUCCGCCCAAACAUGGCAGAAUUCUCAAACUUCAGCAAAUACAUCACCUACAUGGAGUCCCAAGGCGCACACCGAGCUGGACUGGCCAAGGUCAUCCCACCCAAGGAGUGGAAAGGCAGUGGAAAGUCCUGUGAGGAUGUCAUGGAUAUGUCAAUUCCUGCUCCUCUGCAGCAAGUGGUCUCGGGGCAGGCAGGUGUGUUCACCCAAUUCCAUAAGAAGAGGAAAGGCAUGAGUGUGGGUGAGUAUCGUGAGCUGGCCAGCAGCAAAAAAUACCAGACCCCGCCACACCUGGAUUUUGAUGAUUUGGAGAGAAAAUACUGGAAGAAUCGUCUGUUUGGGUCACCAAUUUAUGGUGCUGAUGUCAGCGGCUCCCUGUUUGAUGAGAACACUCAACACUGGAACGUGGGCCACCUGGGGAGCCUUUUGGAUGUGUUGAAGCAGGAGCAUGGCAUAGUGAUUGAGGGCGUCAACACGCCCUACCUGUACUUUGGCAUGUGGAAGACCACCUUUGCGUGGCACACGGAGGACAUGGACCUGUACAGUAUCAACUACCUGCACUUUGGGCAGCCCAAGACUUGGUAUGCUGUGCCCCCUGAGCAUGGCAGGCGCCUGGAGCUCCUGGCCAGGCAACUCUUCCCUGGCAGCUCCAAGGGCUGCCAGGCCUUCCUGAGACACAAGGUGGCGCUCAUCUCCCCCACCGUGCUCAAGGAGAAUGGCAUCCCCUUUGGCCGCAUCACCCAGCAGGCUGGGGAGUUCAUGGUCACCUUUCCCUAUGGCUACCACGCGGGCUUCAACCAUGGCUUCAACUGCGCAGAGGCCAUCAAUUUUGCCACCCCGAGGUGGAUUGACUAUGGUAAGGUGGCACGUCAGUGCAGCUGUGGGGAGGCCAGGGUGAGCUUCUCCAUGGAUGCCUUUGAGGGGCUCCUGCAGCCUGAGAGCUAUGAGCUGUGG